UGUUGAAAAUGACAACGUGAGUUCUCGCUCGCCAUCUAUAUGCUGACGGCUAAUUACAAAAAGGCGUAACUAGAAGAUAUUACUAGACACGGUCGAUAGACCAGAUCGAUGGUUUAAGACUUCCUUUUCGUUCAUUCGUUCGUGCCCCUUUCAAGUGUGUGCAACAAAAGUUUUUCGGCUCCGAGAAGUGAGGUGUUUUUCAUCCGAAUAAUAAAGUAAUAACUAACGCGAUCCUACCUCUAAAUAUAAAUAUAACAAUAGGUUAUGAGUCCAGGUUCGAUAAUUAGUUAUUAUUUUUAUUGAAAAUAUCAUAAAUAGUAAGAAUAUUAAGGAGCGCAGAAGAUAACCUAAAAAACAAAAUGCGCGUGAUCGGUGAUUCAGUGUUGAAUGCUAUAAGGGCGUUUUAUCGAAUACGUAAUAAUUGCUCGCGUGAUAAUAUAGUUAUCAAAAUAAUAUAAAAUGUAACAAAAUGUCGAGUGGCGUGAAUUCAAAUAUCGAAACACUCAAUAGAGAAAAUUACGACACGUGGAAAAUGCAAAUGAAGGCAAUACUCAUUAAAGAUGACUUAUGGGAAUAUGCGAAUGGUACAAUAAAUAAUCCCAAGCAGCGGAUGAAGCCUCUUUAUGGAAAAAAGGGAUGCCACGUGGAUAAACUAAAGGAAAUGGGUAUUGAAAUCGCUGAUGAUUUACUGUCAAUCCUAUUAUUAUACAGCGUCCUGAAACAUAUGAAAACUUUAGACGUGCGAUCGAAUCGCGGGACCAAUUGCCUUGCCCAGAUGCACUCAGGACAAAAUUAUUAGAAGAAGGUAAUAAUUCUCAUCGUAAUUCGAAUGCUGCGAAUGAUCACUAAGAAGCUCUGU